AUGCAUUUUCAUCGAUUCCUCACCCUCGGCGGUCUUGUUCUGGCUGGCAGCUCUGCACUUGCUGCUAAGCUAGAGAGGGACAAUGUGCCAAAACGUUGCUUAGAUGUCUGCGGACCUGCUCUCGACAUCUCACGAAGAUGUGAUGAUCAGAAUGACAAUGACGCUGCUGAAAUGCGAUGCAUCUGCAACGCGAAUGGUGCUCAGACUCAAAUCCCUAUUUGUGCUGCAUGCAUCAACGAAAACGGUCAACACAACAGCUCUGAUGGGGACCAUGACCAUGACCAUGACGGUGACCAUGAUGGGGACGAUGAUGGCGAUAAUGACAAUGACCGCCGCGCACUUGGCCGCCGUGACGACUAUGAUGAUAAUGAAGCCCUCCAACUUGUCGACACCUGCAAGUUCAGUACCACUACCUACAACCCUACCUCUGCCUCUGCCACCUCUGCUGCUGGCACAAUGAUGACCACUACUGCCGCUUCGACCACCGGAGCAGGUGCCCGUGCAACCAGCACUGGAGAUGCUGACCGGGACUCGGACCGAUCAACUGGAGCUGCCGCCACCAGCACUGCUUCGCCAACCGGCAACGCAGCAGCAUUGAUCGCCGCUCCAACCAUGGUCCCACUGGCUGCAGUGGUCGGUCUUUUGCCUUUUGCUUUGCUGUAG